AUGCUACAUCUAAAAGUGCAGUUUUUGGAUGAUUCCCAGAAGACUUUUGUGGUUGAUCAAAAGUCAUCUGGAAAGAAGCUGUUUAACCUGAGUUGCAGCCAUCUAAAUCUUGCUGAAAAGGAAUAUUUUGGAUUAGAAUUCUGUAACCAUUCUGGAAAUAAUGUCUGGUUGGAACUUCUGAAGCCUAUUACAAAACAAGUAAAAAAUCCUAAGGAGGUUGUUUUCAAAUUUAUGGUGAAAUUUUUCCCAGUGGACCCUGGACAUCUGAGAGAAGAGCUUACAAGGUAUCUUUUUAGUCUUCAAAUAAAGAAGGAUUUGGCUCUAGGAAAGCUUCCAUGCAGUGACAACUGUACAGCAUUGAUGGUAUCUCACAUUCUACAAUCAGAACUGGGAGACUUUCAUGAAGAAACAGAUAGGAAACACCUGGCACAAACUCGGUACUUGCUGAACCAAGACUGUUUAGAGAGCAAGAUUAUACACUUUCAUCAGAAGCACAUUGGCAGGAGCCCAGCUGAAUCUGACAUUCUGCUACUGGACAUAGUGAGGAAGGUGGAUAUGUACGGCAUCAGGCCAUACCCCGCCAGUGAUGGCGAAGGGAUGCAAAUCCACCUGGCUGUUGCUCACAUGGGAGUGCUGGUGUUACAGGGAAAUACAAAGAUUAAUACUUUCAAUUGGGCGAAAAUCCGCAAGUUGAGUUUUAAGAGAAAGCAUUUUCUCAUCAAACUACAUGCCAAUAUCUUGGUGUUGAGCAAGGACACCUUGGAGUUCACCAUGGCCAGCCGAGAUGCCUGCAAGGCUUUCUGGAAGACUUGUGUGGAAUACCAUGCUUUCUUCAGACUCUCUGAAGAGCCCAAAUCAAAGCCCAAAACCCUACUUUGCAGUAAGGGUUCCAGUUUCCGCUAUAGUGGAAGAACCCAAAGGCAACUUUUGGAAUAUGGGAAAAAAGGGCAGUUGAAGAGUUUGCCAUUUGAAAGGAAAUAUUACCCAUCUCAGUACCAUGAACGACAAUGCAGGUCCUCACCAGAUCUCCUCUCUGAUGUCUCAAAACAAGUGGAAGAUUUGAGACUAGCAUGUGGCAGUGGGUACUGCCGAAAUGUGAAUGGAGUGCAUGCAUCUGAGCCUGUGCUAGACAGUAGAAGAAACUCUGCAGUGGAGGUGACAUUUGCAGCAGAGCCGGAGCAUUCCAAACCAGAGGCAGAUCCCACAUCGUUACAUCAGUCACAAAGCAGUUCCUCUUUCUCUUUUAUUUAUACUGAUCCUGUCUUUAACACUGAUCCUGAUCCUGACACUGAUCCCAGAAACUACUUUGAGGAAAGAAGCCCUCUCAGCUCCUUCCAAACAAGCUGUAAAUUUGCUGACAAUCACAUGAGCACAUCUGGCCUUACAAGCAAAGUGAGUCCAGUAAGGAGGCUAACAUACACAGAUGUGCCCUAUAUUCCUUGUACUGGUCAUCAGGUUGAUAAUAUGCCUUCCCAAGUCUUUUUUUAUUUGGACAAACCACCCCAGGUGCCCAGAUGGUCUCCAAUCAUGGUAGAGGAAAGGGAAAAGCCAGAUAGCUGUCUAGAUCCCACUACAAUUAAACCAGCCAAAAGAAGCCCAAGGAAUAUCAGAAUGAAGAGCUUUCAGCAAAACUUUCAAGAAAUCCAAGAAGCUAUGGCCAGGACUAGUGGUAGGAGCAACAUCAAUGUAGAUCUAGAAGACCCAACUUUAGAAGAUGCAUUUGCAUAUAAUAUUCAAGAGCAACCCCCUAAGCGGUCCCAGAGCCAAUCAGACAUGAAAACUAUCCAUUUCCCUUUUGGGUCAGAAUUUAGACCUUUAGGGCCUUGUCCUGCUCUGAGUCGUAAAGCUGACCUGUUUACUUAUAUGUUUGCAGAACAGGAUUUUCCAACAGUUCUAAUGGAUCAAGGAGAAGCAGAAAGAUAUGCAGCUAGUGAAUCCAGUGACUCUGAACCAGAGAUUCUUAAAACAGACUAUUACUCUUUGUAUGGUAAAGAAAUGAGGUUGCCCAUGCCCAGAAUCCGCUUAUCUUCUGGUAGUCUACAGCUAGAUGAAGAAAAUGAAAAUGUUUCUUUCAAUAUACAAACUACUGAAGACAGGACUUUGUUAAAACCAUAUAAUUAAUUUUUAGCUUAA